AUGUCAAUGUUGUACCUUGUGCUAACUUCAAGCUCGAUCUCCCUACUCUUGAACCUGCUUCUGCCUUUGAGGAACUCAGCAAAUCACAUGGUAUCAUCAACUUGGAAAAAGUCAUCAGUCAUAACUGGGUUUGCCAAAGUCAGCCCAUGGCAUAGUUCAUGGACUCAGCAGGAGAUGGAAGCUCAUGGAGAAUUCACUAUUGAAGGUUGCAUCAACAUGGCAUGGAUCAUGGGCUCUAUUAAGCACUUUGACAGCCACCUCAAAGAUGGUACUCUACAUGUUGGUUGGGUAGACACCAAGACAGGAGAGCCUGUGGAUGACAAGGACAUUAGAAGCCAGUAUGAGAAGGAGAUUCUCAGUCAUGCCAGUGUCUGUCUAAUUGGUGCAUAUCUCUCCUUUCCCUGUGAUCUAUUGUUGAACUUGAAAUGUAGAUUCCCUGAAUUGUUCUGUGGGUAUGAUCCCAAGAAGGUGUUCAACCAGGAAAUUGAAUUGAUCCAUGACUAG